CCCGCAGCAGCGGAGCUUCAUUUUCUGUGUCUGAGGUAAAAUGGAGGCUGGCGGAGCUUCAGCCCAGCGUUAGAUGCUCUUAGAUGUUGACAUGCAAUAAGUCUGGAGACAGGAUGGUGGUGGACGCUCCCAACUCCAACGGGCCCUUCCAGCCCGUGGCCCUCAUGCACUUCAGAGACGUGGCCCCGGCGGAGCAGGAGAAGCUCUUCAUCCAGAAGCUCCGGCAGUGCUGCGUCCUCUUUGACUUCCUGUCCGACCCGCUCAGCGACCUGAAAUGGAAGGAGGUGAAGCGGGCGGCGCUGAGCGAGAUGGUGGAGUACAUCACCCACAACAGGAACGUCAUCACAGAGCCCAUCUACCCCGAGGUGGUGCACAUGUUUGCGGUGAACAUGUUCAGGACGUUGCCUCCCUCGUCCAACCCGACGGGAGCAGAGUUCGACCCCGAGGAGGACGAGCCGACACUUGAAGCUGCCUGGCCACACCUCCAGCUGGUCUAUGAGUUUUUCCUUAGGUUUUUAGAAUCGCCCGACUUUCAGCCCAACAUAGCGAAGAAAUACAUCGACCAGAAAUUUGUUAUGCAGCUCCUAGAACUGUUCGACAGCGAGGACCCCAGAGAGAGAGACUUCCUGAAGACGACCCUCCACCGGAUCUACGGGAAGUUCCUGGGGCUCCGAGCCUACAUCAGGAAACAGAUCAAUAACAUUUUCUAUAGGUUUAUCUAUGAGACGGAGCACCAUAACGGGAUCGCUGAACUACUGGAGAUACUUGGAAGCAUAAUCAAUGGAUUUGCCUUACCACUAAAAGAAGAGCACAAGAUUUUCCUGUUGAAGGUUUUAUUGCCUCUGCACAAAGUCAAAUCACUCAGUGUCUACCAUCCACAGCUGGCCUACUGCGUGGUGCAGUUUUUGGAAAAGGACAGCACUCUAACUGAGCCGGUGGUCAUGGCUCUACUAAAGUACUGGCCAAAGACUCACAGUCCCAAGGAGGUGAUGUUCCUCAACGAGCUGGAGGAGAUCCUGGACGUCAUCGAGCCCUCCGAGUUCGUCAAAGUCCAGGAGCCGCUCUUCAGACAGCUGGCCAAGUGUGUGUCCAGCCCUCACUUCCAGGUGGCAGAGCGAGCGCUGUACUACUGGAACAACGAGUACAUCAUGAGUCUGAUCAGCGACAACGCAGCAAAGAUUCUGCCCAUCAUGUUCCCCGCUCUGUACCGCAACUCCAAGACCCACUGGAACAAGACCAUCCACGGCCUCAUCUACAACGCUCUGAAGCUUUUCAUGGAGAUGAAUCAGAAGCUGUUUGAUGAUUGCACGCAGCAGUUCAGAGCCGAGAAAAACAAAGAAAAGGCCAAAUCAAAAGAACGUGAAGAGGCCUGGAUCAAGAUCGAGAACCUGGCCAAGUCCAACCCUCAGUUCUUUAUGUAUGUUGAUUCCUCUGACCUCAAUAGUCCUGUAGCAAUGGAGACGGAUGUCCCUUUGAUAGAAGAUGUUCAGAGGUUAAAAAAGACAGUUGAGGAGGGCGCCACGCAGCUGCAGCAUGACCAGCGGAGAGAGCGGCCGAUGGUGCGACGUAAGUCUGAGCUGCCUCAGGAUAUCUACACCACUAAAGCCUUGGAGUCCCACCGCAGAGCUGAAGACAUGUUGACCCCCCACCAUGGACUCUAGGUCCGCCUCCUGCCGCCUCAUGGCCCUCCACCUGCCCCGUCAACCCCUCCAGCCCUGGACCGUUAACCCCUCCAGCCCUGGACCGUUAACCCUUCCAGCCCUGGACCUGUUAACCCUUCCAGCCCUGGACCUGUUAACCCUUCCAGCCCUGGACCCGUUAACCCUUCCAGCUCUGGACCGUUAACCCUUCCAGCUCUGGACCGUUAACCCUUCCAGCCCUGGACCGUAAACUCUUCCAGCCCUGGACCUGUUAACCCCUCCAGCCCUGGACCGUAAACCCUUCCAGCCCUGGACCGUAAACCCUUCCAGCCCUGGACCGUUAACCCUUCCAGCCCUGGACCGUUAACCCUUCCAGCCCUGGACCUGUUAACCCUCCCAUCCCUGGACCGUUGACCCCUCCAGCCCUGGACCGUAAACCCUUCCUGCCCUGGACCGUUAACCCCUCCAGCCCUGGACCGUUAACCCCUCCAGCCCUGGACCGUUAACCCUUCCAGCCCUGGACCGUUAACCCUUCCAGCCCUGGACCGUUAACCCCUCCAGCCCUGGACCUGUUAACCCUUCCAGCCCUGGACCUCCUCUCCGCCCAGGCCCCCACAGCUACACUGGCCUCCCUCCUCCAACCGCCGUUUACCCACAAUCCUUUAGUUCUCCUCCAUUCCUGGAACCCUCCUCCCUCAGAUUUCUGCUUUCUCAGGUUUUUUUCUUGAUUUGGAGCGGAGGAGGAGAGUGUUUGUGUGUCUUAAGAAGCCCCUCGUCGCCUCGUUGGUUGUGUUCUCCUUCCUGUUUUCUCCUCUUCGUCGCUCACUGUAAACGUGGAACCCGGAGAACGUCUGCUGGUUCCUUCAUUCCUUCUUUAAACACGAUGGAUGGGACUGACUGACUCACUGUCUGAGGAUCGUCUGCUGGUUCCCAGUUCUGAACCAGAACCAGAACCUUGUUGCUCCGAUCAAGACUUUCCUCUCAUCUUGUUUUCUUUAUUUUAUUUUUAUUUUUUUUGCUCUAAUCUAACGGACAUCUUGUCAGUGCCAAGACUCUUGUUUUGUUCUUUCUUUUUGUUUUUAUCUGUGACUUAACAGGGACACCUGCCUUUGUUUUUGGUCACUGGUGUUUGAAAGAUUUUUUUUUUUGUUGUUUGUUGUUGUUGUUUGUUGUUGUUGUUGUUGUUGUUUAGCACACCAGACCAAACUGAGGCUCGUCCUUAGCCUUGCUGUGUCCAGGAGAGGAGGCGAGGAGAGAGGAAGCUGUCCCGUGGACAUCUGAAACUUUCCAUUUUUAUUGUUUUUGUGCCAUACGCCGCUCUUUUUAUAUGCUUGCUUCCUUUAUGUUUAUUGGCAAUAUUUGAGAAAAACCAGAGCACAGUGACGACUGGACGGUUCAAACAAUGGUACUCGCUGCUUCUGAGGGUGAAACUGGACCAGAGCGGGUUGUAUUUACGGAGGAGAGGUGGCUGGGGCUUUUAUAUAUAUAGAUAUAAAUAUAUAAAUACUGUAGUGAAUAGGGGUGUAUCUUUGUAAAGGAAAUAUAAGUCAAGAUGAGUUAUUUUUGUUGGAUGUGAGAGGAGACGGAGCUGAACCGUCUCCGUUCGUUACUGAACUAAAGUCAGGAGGCGGAGCUUAAUAAACGGGACACGCCGGAUAAAAGAACCAAAGUUUUUCACCAUAGGUUUCAAUUUUUGGUAGGAGCCACUUCAUCGAGAUUGUGGAUCAGAGAUGGCAGCCAUAUAAAGUCUAUGAGAACCAAUAUAUCUUCCAAACCACUCAGAAGGUCAAUCUGGGUGUCAAAAUCUACAUUUUCUGGGGCAAAGAAUCAUUUAAAGCUGUUGAGAAUAUCACUAGAUGAUUAUUUGAUCUAAUAGAUAUGUUCAUUUUCACCCAGACUGGUAGAUCUUCAAGUGCUGCAGCAGGAAAUCAUGAGCUGAAAAUGUUUGGAAUCUAAUAAUGACGUAAAUACAUGGCCAAAAUGAACAUAUCUAUUGGAUCAAAUAAUCAUCUAGUGAUAUUCUCAACAGCUUUAAAUGAUUCUUUGACCCAGAAAAUGUAGAUGUUGACACCAAGAUUGACCUUCUGAGUGGCUUGGAAGAUAUAUUGGUUCUCAUAGAUUUUAUAUGGCUGCCAUCUCUGAUCCACAAUCUUGAUUAAGUGGCUCCUACCAACAAUUUAAACCUAUAGUGAUAGAGAGUAUGUGGAAAAAUUUGGUUUUAUCCGACGUGUCCCCUUUAUUCUUAAAUCUGGUCCUAAGCUGCCUUACUACUAGGACCUGUUCAUGGUUCAUGGAGCUGUAUGGGGACUAUACAGAUUAUUAAAAAAAGAAACUAAUUUAUUAUCAGAUAUAGGAACAGUAGCUGCUGAGAUGCAGACAUCUAAUGAUUAAUACACAUUAAUUGAUGAGAGCUGUAAUGAUGCAUCAUGUUGGUGUUGCUGAAAUAUGAGCAACUAGAAACUGAGUUAGAAUUAUUUAUAUUUGAAUUUGAAUUGUUUAACUUGAAUAAUUUUAGAGCUGCAACAAUUAAUGGAACAAUAAUCGAUUAUUAAAUGAACCGUCAACUAUUUUGAUAAUCCAAUAAUUGGUUUGAUCAGUUUUUUUUAAAGACAAUAAGUCCAAAUUCUCUGAUUUCAGCUUCUUCAAUGUGAAUAUUUCUGGUUUCUUUGUUCCUUUAUGACAAUAAACUGAAUAUCUCUUUGGUUUGGGGACAAAACAAGAGAUUUGAGGACGUCAUCUGGUGGUUUGGAGACACUCAUUGAUGUUUUUAUACAUUUUAUUCACCAAACAAUCGUUUAAAUAAUAGACAGAUGAAUCCAUAAUUAAAAUAAUCAUUAAUUGCAGCCCUAAAUUAAAUAUUCAGAUUAAUCAUGUGGCUAGAUAGACAAAAUGUAUAACAUAACCUUUAAAUCUUGUUUAAAAUACGAAAAUUGCUCCUUUUCACAAUAAUAUUUUUGUUAUUCCCAAAUGUAAAUUUUGCUUUUUUUAGUAAGUUUUCCCAGGAAACAUUUAUUUUAUAACGAGUCUUUCUCUGUCAAUCAAAACAAAGCAGCAGCCAAUAACAUCACAGAAUAGUUUUCUUUGUUUUAAACUAAAGUGGCUUGUAAUAUAAAGUGACUUGGGAAAAUUACAUUAAGAAAUUAAAAGAAUAAACUUCUAAAAAAAAAAGCAUGUUUGGAACUAGAAUGGCGCCCAGAGAUCACAGAGUUAAAUAAUAAUGUGUAAAUAAUAUGGACAAUAAGCAGAAGAUGUGUUAGUUGCAGCCCUAUAAAUAAAUAAAUAAAUCAACUUUCAAAUCAACUUUAUUUAUAGAGCCCUUUAAGACAGCGUUAGCUGAUACAAACCAACAAUAAAAACAAAGAACAACUAAAACAAAGCGAGUCUCAUGCUGGGUAAAACAAAAAACAGUAAAUAAAAGUCGGCUUUAGAAUUAAUCUCAAUUUUAAAAAGACACAAAGAAAAAAUAAAAACAAAAAAUAAAACAGAGCAAAGGCUCGUGUUGAGUUAAAAGCCAGUGAAUAAAAAUGGGUUUAAGAUUUCUUUUAAAAGCGGACAAAAAGACACAAAAUGACUAAAAAAAAUACACAAAAUGACCCAAAAUUGCAGCCAUAUAAAGUCUAUGAGAACCAAUACAUCUUCCAAGCCACUUAAAAGGUCAAUCUUGGUGUCAAAAUCUACAUUUUCUGGGUCAAAGAAUCAUUUAAAGAGUGAAUAAAAAUGGGUUUUAAGCUUUCUUUUAAAAGCGGACAGAGAUAAUUCAGAUUCAGUUUCUUGCUGCUCAUAUUUCAGCCGUUCCUGGUUUCAGUUUGUGUUUUUUUUCUGGGUUUUUCUCUUCUCUUGUGUAUAUUGUGGGUGAGGGAGCUCCUCUCCAGUCAGUACCAUUGUUUCAACAGGAGGUCUGCUAGAUUUCUUCAUAUUUGACGUGUUGUGUUUCUUUGUCUCGUCUCUGGAGGUUUUUGGUUCGUUUUUCUUUCCGUUCUGGCCGUUCAGGACGCUGAACCAGACCGGUGUCACGAGGCCACAGACACUCGCUGAAAAUAAAACUGACAUUGUGACUUGGCUUGUUAACUGUAUUAAUACUGUAUUUGCUUGAAUGCAAAAAGAUGUAAAUUAAAGUACCAUGUUAAACAUGUACCUUACCCUGGAGGAAUGCCAUUCACCAACCUGCUCAUUAUGAAACUGUCCUGCUUGCUGGGAGAGAUGUUUUAUGGAUUUUAUGAGUUUAUGAGUCAGAGAUGUUUGAGCUUUUAUUUUAGUGCUGAAAAAACAAGUCGUCCGUGACAACGAGAAAUGAUUUUAAAAAUGAUUUGGUGGCUUGUUUUCUCUCUUUCUGCAGGAUCUUUGCAGAUCUUUUUAAUUUUAACAUAUUAUUUCCAAAACACGAUAACUUAAAGUGUCCUUUUGUAUGUGACCUGUACUAUAUGAUUCAUUUAAUAUUGUAUAUAUGAUUUACCUUGUUUCAUGUAGUGUUAUAUAUCUAGAUUAAUUUUGUACAAAUUGUCCCUCUGUACAGAAUAAAACAUCAAUAGCAAGUGAAAGAA